AGCGGGGUAGACUUGAUUGAGCACUCACUCACUCUAACAACGCGCGUGAGAGUCAGAGGAAGUCUUUUUCAAUUGUGAUUUCGCGUUGGUUGUGUUGGUGCUGUCUCCUCCUCCUCCUCGUCAUCUCCUCUUCAGACGCACAGUCGAAGCUACACCCCCCCCCCCAAUUACUGUGGUUGGCUGGCACCUAGGAUCACGCACGCACGCUCUCUACCGGGUCUUCAUCGACACUUUCAUUUCUCCCAGGCUAGGAGAGGUUUUGUUCUUUGCUGUGGAAGUGUGCUGCUGCCGCUGCUCAGGGGAGGGGCUGCUGCUGUGAGUAGCAAGAUUCGUUAGAUUACGAACGAGGACGACGACGAGGAACACGAGGGGACGCUUUCUUGGUGAUUGGGACGGGGGUUCAGAGAGCUUCGAGGUUGUGGAUCUGUGCAGGGGCGCCUCGCUGAGUGUUCUUAUCGUUCAUCAAAUCUCGUGGAGGCCAUGCGAUUGUGGAUGAAGUGAUCGGAGACAGGAGUUGCGUAUGGCGCCGUCGUCCGUCAUGGCGACAGCAGGGAAUGUAACGGUUGGGGCCCAAGUCUGGGUGGAGGACCCAGAGUUAGCUUGGUUAGAAGGAGAAGUAAUAGAUAUUACUGGGAAAACAGCUAAAGUCCGCACCACCAAGGGAAAUGAGGUUACAACAAGCUUAUCUAAUGUUCAUGCGAAGGAUCCAGAUGCUCAGCCUGGUGGUGUGGAUGAUAUGACGAAGUUGGCUUAUUUGCAUGAGCCAGGAGUACUUUAUAAUCUUGCUAGUAGAUAUGAACUGGAUGAGAUUUAUACGUACACGGGGAAUAUCCUGAUUGCGAUUAAUCCUUUUGCGAAGCUACCUCACUUGUACAAUAGUCACAUGAUGGAGCAAUAUAGAGGGGCACCACUUGGAGAGUUAAGUCCUCAUGUCUUCGCAGUGGCAGAUGCGUCAUACAGAGCCAUGGUCACAGAGAAGAAGAGUCAAUCUAUAUUGGUGAGUGGAGAGAGUGGAGCUGGAAAGACAGAGACAACAAAGUUAAUUAUGCAGUAUUUGGCUUACAUGGGUGGUCGAGCAAACACUGAUGGGCGAACCGUAGAGCAGCAAGUUUUAGAGUCUAAUCCACUUCUUGAAGCUUUUGGAAAUGCGAAGACGGUUCGCAAUGACAACUCAAGUCGAUUCGGUAAAUUCGUGGAGAUUCAAUUCGAUAGAAGUGGUCGGAUAUCUGGUGCAGCUGUGCGUACAUACCUUCUGGAAAGAUCUCGAGUUGUCCAAAUUGCGGAUCCUGAGCGAAAUUACCACUGCUUCUACCAGUUGUGUGCAUCUCCUGAGGACUGUGAAAGAUAUAAGCUGGGGGACGCGAGAAGUUUCCAUUAUUUGAACCAAAGUGACUGUUUUGAGCUGAAUGGUACCACCAAUGGUCGGGAAUAUGUCAAAACACGCAGGGCUAUGGACGUCGUGGGUAUCAACCCUGAGGAGCAGGAAGCGAUAUUCCGAGUGGUUGCGUCAGUGCUGCACCUGGGAAAUAUUGAAUUUGUCGCUGGAUCAGAUUCUGAUUCAUCAAAGCUUAAAGACGAUCAGUCCAAGUUCCAUCUAGAGGCUGCUGCAGAGCUUCUUCAAUGUGAAUCGAAGGGGCUGUUGGACUCUUUGUGCACUCGAGUUCUCGUUACACGUGAUGGCAACAUCACAAUGACUUUAAAUCAGGAUCAGGCCACCACCAACCGUGAUACUUUGGCGAAGACGAUCUACUCUCGUCUGUUUGACUGGCUGGUUGACAAGGUAAACAGAUCCAUCGGUCAAGAUCCAGAUUCACCAUACUUGGUUGGAGUGUUAGAUAUCUACGGCUUUGAAAGCUUCAAGUUCAACAGUUUUGAGCAGUUCUGCAUUAAUCUGGCUAAUGAGAAGCUUCAGCAGCAUUUCAAUCAGCACGUCUUCAAGAUGGAGCAAGAAGAGUACACCAAGGAGGCCAUUAACUGGAGCUACAUUGAGUUUGUUGACAACCAAGAUGUUCUGGAUCUCAUUGAGAAGCCUUCUGGCAUCAUUGCUCUUCUUGAUGAAGCCUGCAUGUUUCCCAAGUCAACAAAUGAGACUUUCGCAACGAAGCUGUUUCAGCAGUAUAGAAAUCACAAGCGGUUGUCCAAGCCUAAACUAUCUCGGACUGACUUCACAAUCAAUCACUACGCCGGAGAUGUUACGUAUCAGACUGACUUGUUCCUGGAUAAGAACAAAGAUUAUGUCGUUGCCGAACAUCAGUCAUUGUUGGGUUCUUCUAGAUGCCCCUUCGUUGCAAGCCUCUUCCCCAGCUCUCCCGAACAAGGCUCUAAAUCCUCGUACAAGUUUACUUCAAUCGGCGCUCGUUUCAAGCAACAAUUGGGAGCUUUAAUGGAAACCUUGAAUACGACGGAACCUCACUAUAUUCGAUGUGUGAAACCUAACAUGGUGCACAAGCCUGGUCGAUUUGAAAAUCAGAAUGUCAUCCAGCAGCUUCGAUGUGGAGGAGUGUUGGAGGCUAUUCGAAUUAGUUGUGCGGGAUAUCCAACACGCCGGACAUUUUAUGAGUUUCUUGAUCGUUUCGGGAUGCUGGCACCGGAGGUCCUCGAGGGCAAUUACGACGAGAAGGCGGCAACCGAACAGCUUUUGAGGAAAAUGGAUCUGCAGAACUAUCAGUUGGGCCAAACCAAGGUGUUCUUGCGAUCUGGGCAAAUGGCUGAACUUGAUGGUAAGAGAGCUGAGAUGUUGAGUAACGCAGCGAAGACGAUUCAAAGACAAGUCCGAACCUGGCUGGCGAGAAGACAUUUGAUUGCCAUGCGAAGGGCUGCAAUUACAAUCCAGAGAUAUUGGCGAGGUUGCCUUGCUCGCAAGCGGUAUGAGAGAUUGCGUCAGGAAGCCGCUGCAAUAAUGAUUCAAAAGAACGUUCGGAUGUGGCUUGCUCGAAAGAAGUUCCUUCGAAUCAAGGAGGCUGUUAUCCGGGCACAAUCUGGAUUCCGAGGAAUGAAAUCUCGCAAGGAUGCACGAUUUAUAAGACAAACGAAAGCUGCUACUCUUAUUCAGGCUCAUUGGCGUGGAUACAAAGCAAGAUCCGAAUAUAAAAAGUGUCGCAAAAGUGCUAUCACAAUUCAAUGUGCUUGGAGGGGGAGGGUUGCCAGAAAUGAGCUCAAGAAGCUUAAAGCUGCCGCAAAAGAAACCGGAGCUCUACAAGAAGCAAAAACGAAGUUGGAGAAGAGAUGUGAAGAGCUUACGUGGCGCCUGCAGCUCGAGAAGCGCAUGCGGACGGACAUGGAAGAAGCCAAAAACCAGGAAAUUGCGAAGUUACGAGAGAAAUUCGAAGAGGAACAAAAGCAAGCGCAGGAAGCUAAAACUCAUCUGACUAAGGAGCUUGAAGUCAAUAAGUUAGCUCUUGGUCAAGCCGCUCAAGUCAUAAAGGAAGUGCCACCUGUAGAAGUCUUCGAUGCUAAAGUGGAGAAACUAACCAAAGAAAACGAAGAAUUGCAGGCUCUCUUGGCGGAUCUGAAGAAAAAAGCAGCCGAGGCUGAAGAGCAGUUUGCUCAAGCUAAAAAAGAAAGCGAUGAGAGACUCAAGAGAGCAGAGCAAGCCGAGGCCAAGAUCACCGAAACACAGGAAGCGCUACAGAGUUUGCAAGAGAAGCUUUCGAACAUGGAGUCCGAGAAUCAAGUCCUUCGCCAACAAACGCUCGUAUUGUCACCGACCAAGGGUUUGUCGAAUCGAUUCAAAAGCACCGUGUUCCAGAGGACUCCAGACAACGGUUAUCUUGCCAAUAACGAACACAGAGAGGCUCGCUCAGUACCGGAAUCGCCAAAUACAGCUCAAAUUGAGAGAGAGCACAGUGAGGCUGAGCAGAGGCGUCAAAAGUUGUUGAUCGACAGACAGCAGGAGAAUCAAGACUCUUUGCUGCAAUGUGUCAUGCAAGAUGUCGGCUUUAACAAUGACCGACCUAUUGCUGCUUGCAUUCUGUACAAGUCCUUGCUCCAAUGGCGGUCCUUUGAGGCUGAGAGGACUAAUGUGUUUGACCGAAUCAUCCAAACAAUCGGAACUGCUAUUGAAAGCCAAGACAACAACGAUGUUCUCGCCUAUUGGCUAUCCAACACCUCUACUCUGCUAUUUCUAUUGCAAAGAACCCUUAAAGCCAGCGGAGCUGCUGGAGGUGCUCCUCAAAGACGGCGCUCCAAUUCUGUGACUUUGUUUGGCAGAAUGACUCAAGGUUUCCGUCAGUCUCCUCAACCAGGUGCUGUCACAUUUGGAAAUGGAGGUAUCAUGGGCGGGUUAGAAAUGGCGCGGCAAGUAGAAGCCAAAUAUCCUGCUCUGCUUUUCAAGCAGCAACUCACUGCAUAUGUGGAGAAAAUUUAUGGCAUGGUCCGUGACAAUCUGAAGAAAGAGAUUUCACCUCUGCUUGGGCUCUGUAUCCAGGCACCAAGGACCUCAAGGGCAAGUCUCGGGAAGGUUUCAAGGUCACCAAGCUCUAAUGUCAGUGCACAGCAGACACUCAGCAGCCACUGGCACAGUAUUAUCUCCAGCCUCAGUUCGUUGCUGAGCACUAUGCGUGCCAAUCAUGUUCCGCCCUUCCUUGUUCGCAAGCUCUUCACUCAGAUCUUUUCGUUCAUCAAUGUUCAGCUGUUCAACAGUUUGCUGCUGAGACGUGAGUGUUGCUCAUUUAGCAACGGAGAGUAUGUGAAAGCUGGACUUGCAGAACUAGAGCACUGGAUUUAUGAAGCUGGGGAGGAGUAUGCUGGAGCGUCAUGGGAUGAGCUCAAGUAUAUCCGACAAGCAGUUGGAUUUUUGGUCAUUCAUCAAAAGCCAAAGAAGUCGCUUGAUGAGAUCACUCAUGAUCUCUGUCCGGUGUUGAGUGUCCAGCAGCUAUAUCGUAUUAGUACUAUGUACUGGGAUGACAAGUACGGCACCCACAGCGUCUCACCAGAGGUGAUUGCUAACAUGAGAGUUCUAAUGACUGAGGAUUCAAACAGUGCUGUCAGCAACUCCUUCCUAUUAGAUGACGACUCAAGUAUUCCAUUCUCUGUAGACGAUAUUUCUAAGUCAAUGCCCGAGGUUGACAUGGCUGAAGUUGAACCACCACCUUUGUUGAAGGAUAACCCUGCCUUUCACUUUCUAAUGCCACAACCAGAUUCUUAGUUUACUUGUAUCUUCAGUAGACUCAAAAUUACUGAUUAAAGAUUGUAGUUAGAAAUAGUUUAGAGCAUAUGUUGCAUGGACUGUGACUGUCCACCAUCUGUAAUUUUCAUCCUGAUAGCAUUUUCCCCGUGGCCAUGGAGCAGUUAUUUGCUCGACACUGGGCUUACUCAACAGUUGUAGGAAGAUUAUGUGCUGGGUGAGCUAUAUUUUGCGUUUUCAUUUGCCGAGUUUCCCAUAUUCAGAUUCUUUCAGUGAGUAAGCAGUAUAUUAAGACCAAAACUGUCACUGAAUUGUCACUUAUUUACCACUUUUUCAAAUUAAUAUGAAAGCAUGCGUUGUAAAUUCUUA